UUCAACAGAAGAAGAAGAAGAAGCAGGGAAAACACUGAAGAACUUUACAGCUGAAUAAAGAACAAGAAUGUUUUCUGCGGAGAGGUUUAAAGCUGUCAUCAACCAGCGGCUAACUGCUGCAGCUGAGGAAAUAUGGGACGUUUUUUCAACAGUUGUCGUCGAGUACGAGGCAGAGAUCAACCGUCAGCGCAGAAUGCUGGAUAUCGUUUGGAAACCUCACAUCCACUUACACAGAAUAGACGUCCCACAGCAACAUGUGUGUAAGGAGGAGAAGGUUGUGGCUGAGCAGCAGCUCUGUCACCAGGAGAGGAUGUCCAGUCUGGACCAGGAGGAGCCAGAGCCUUCACAGAUUAAAGAGGAGCAGGAGGGAGAGCCGCUCAAACAGGAGGAGACUGACACGUUGAUGCUGACUCCUACUCAAGAGGAAAAUGAGCACAGAGAAUCAGAUGGACAGCAUGAACUCCAGCUCCUUUCUCACAACUCUCAUGUUGCUGAGAAUCAAGAUCCCAAAGAGAACAAGCAGAAAGACCCAGAGAUAACUGGAAAAUCAAAACCAAGACAAGAGAGAGACAGAAAACACACAGACGUCCCACAGCAACAUGUGUGUAAGGAGGAGGAGGUUGUGGCCAAGCAGCAGCUCUGUCACCAGGAGAGGAAGUCCAGUCUGGACCAGGAGGAGCCAGAGCCUCCACAGAUUAAAGAGGAGCAGGAGGGGGUGGAGGAGACUGACAUGUUGAUGCUGACUCCUACUCAGGAGGAAAGUGAGCACAGUGAAGCAGAUGGACAACAUGAACUCCAGCUCCUUUCUCACAACUCUCAUGUUGCUGAGAAUCAAGAUCCCAAAGAGAACCAGCAGAAAGACUCAGAGAUAACUGGAAAAUCAAAACCAAGACAAGAGAAGGACAUAAAACACACAGGUGAGAGGCUGCAUUCAUGUGAAGUAUGUGGAAAAGGCUUUGAAUAUAACUGUAUAUUGAAACAACACAUGAUAACACACACAGGUGAGAAGCCUUUCUCCUGUGGACAAAGUUUCAGUGUGAAAUCAGUAAUGAAUCUGCACAUUCAGAGUCACACAGGUGUAAAGCCAUACACCUGUGGCACCUUUGGAAAAAAAUUCUCUGAUAAAUCACGUGUGAAUCAUCACAUUCUUACUCACACAGGUACAAAGCCGUACACCUGUGGUACCUGUGGAAGAUCAUUCACAGGGACAUUUGAUUUGAACCAGCACCUUAAAAUCCAUACAGGUGAAAAAACACAUACCUGCACAAUUUGCAACAGAUCUUUUGGACUUAAAUAUUUGAAAGUCCACAUGAGAAGACACACAGGUGAGAAGCCGUACUCCUGCACCAUCUGUGGAAAAAGAUUCAGUGAGAAGUCAGCUUUGAAUCAUCACACUCCUACUCACUCAGGUACAAAGCCAUAUACCUGUGAUACCUGUGGGACAUCAUUCACACUGAAACGUAAUUUGAAAAAACACAUAACUAUCCAUACAGGUGAAAAACCACAUACCUGCACAAUGUGCAACAAAUCUUUUAGACUUAAACUUAAUUUGACAGACCACAUGAGAAGACACACAGGUGAGAAGCCUUUCCCAUGCAGCACCUGUGGAAAAAGAUUCAGUCGGAAGUCAAAUUUGAAUACACACAUUCGUACUCACACAGGUACAAAGCCAUACACAUGUGAUGCCUGUGGGACAUCAUUCACACAGAGAGUGCAUUUGGACAGGCACAUAAAGGUCCAUGCAGACAACAAUGUGUAAACAUUCCUAAACAUGUGGCAGGUCUCUCAAAGUUGGUUCUUACUUGAUGGUUAAUGAAAGAAGAGGAUAACACAAUAGUGUUUGCAAAAUUUGCCCCGCAAAGAUUCCAAAGAGUAGAAAACAGUCCUCAAGUUUUAACACCACGGAUCUUACAAGUUACCUAAAAGUCUUCAUCCUAACAACGUCAAAAGGCAUUAGGAACAAGACAAAGGCUAAUACCAGGCAGAGUGCUGAUUGAGCAGGCCCUGGAAACUGCAGAAAGUUCGUCAGAGCCAAAAGACAGCGCUAAUAAUGACAAAAUCAGUCUGACAGUCUCCUGAUCCACCACUACUUUCAUAGACAUGUCCCUGCCUGCUCUGUUUGAUGUGGUUUCAUUUAGUCUGAUCGACGUUAGGAACAGAAGUUUACCCACAGACCACGGUGGACUUUACAUUCUUAACCCAUCUCUGAUAUGACUUAUGUCU